AUGGUCGUGUGCGUUAUUUUAUAUUUAACGUGUUGCCGUUUGGCUUGUCGUCAGCUUGUUACCUUUUUACUGAGUGAUGAUGGCAUUUCUGGUGAUGCAUGGAAGCAGGUUGCUGUAAAUUAUAGUGCAACAAUUCAGCGGGAUUUGAAUCAAUCUGGUUGGAAGCCAUCUGAUCGUAAAUGUCAGUGGGAGCCCCUUCAAAUCGGUGAAUGGUUGGGUUUACUUAUUAACACAGUUCGCAUGCAAUUUCAGAUUCCAACCAAAAAGUUAAAUAAAGCAAUUGUGCAAAUUGAAUUCAAUUUGCCUUCAUUUCCCAAAGUUUCUGUUUUGAAAUCAGCUAAACUUUGUGGUUUUUUAAAUUCCCUGUCUUUGGCCAUUGGCCCAGUUGUUCGCUUGUUUACUAGGAAUAUGUACGCCUGUAUUGCGACUAGUUCUUCGUGGAAUGUUGUUGUUUUAGCUUACGCUGGUGUUAAAGACGAGCUUCAAUUUUGGCUCAACAAUAUUCAUCAUUUUAACGGUUAUUCUAUUAUUCGUUCUUUUACUGCUCAUGCCGUAAUAUAUUCUGAUGCUAGCAGUACCGGUUAUGGCCAUAUCUUGUCACAAUAG